AACAGAACCAAAAAAAAAAAUAGUAAGAGGUCGAACAAAAAUGGUGAAGGGAAUGAAUAUACAAGAAGAAGAAGAAGAAGAGAAGGAGAAUUUUCCUCUGAUUACAACCAAAGUAGUCGAAUACUUACAGCCAGUAAUGUGUCGAGAGCUACUCUGCAAAUUUCCAGAUAACUCUGCUUUCGGAUUCGACUACUCACAGAGCUCUCUCUGGUCUCCUCUCUUGCCACGAAAUUACCCCACUCCUUCCGAUCCUGGCUCCGACAGUUGCGUUUGUCGGAAUCUUGAGCUCGGGGAGUUUCAAGAAAGCAAGAAGAUGAAGAAGAAGAAGAUGAAGGUGUCAAUGAAAAAGAAGAAGAAAAAGAGCAAGUUAGUGAAACUAGACAUGUCUUCAAUGAAGAAUCAAGAUUCUCCUAAAAUUGGCUGCUUUCCUAUUUCUACCAAGGGAUGGGAUGGUAUGCUAAAGGCAGCUUCAAAACACUUUAAGAAAUCGAAAAAGAAGAGAGAUUCAGUUUCUGAUGUCAAGCUUCUCAACUUCUGAAAAUGCUGAAAAAAUGAAUAUUUCUUGCUAUGAUGGGUUAAUUUCAU